GGUGGACGUCUUCGAGGGACGAGCAUGUUGCCCCUCCCCGCGUGCAUUUGUUAGUAAACUCGACAGGCCGUAGUAAGGGCGUCACAAACGCUGCGCGCGCGCAAACUUCGAUCGAGGCAACAUUCAAUCGUGAAGUAGCGUGCGAAGCGGAUCGCUCAGCGGUGACGGUCGCGCGCUUUCAGUUUACGAAUUGCGACAAGUUGACAGUUCUAGUGGACUCUACAGUUCAAGUUGAAGAGUACAGUGAUGUCGAAGGAUAGCCAACGGUUCAGCCGGCUGGGCGUGCUGGCGCCGGCCGCGCUGUCCGCCUGCAUGGACGCCUCCGUGCUGGCCGUGCCGGCUGCCGGGGCCAUCGUCUCCACCGUCCUCAAGGAGCUCAGCAAGGCGUUCAUGCUGAAGAAAUGGUUUCAUGGAGUAAUGUCGGCAAAAGAAGCGGAGCUGCUGAUCAUGCAGAAGGGAAAGAACGGUUCCUUCCUCGUGAGGGAGUCUCAAGCCCACCCUGGAGAGUACGUGCUGUCUGUUAGAGUGAGAGGGAGAGUCAGCCACGUCAUGAUUCGAAGACAGCACGAUAAGUACGACGUGGGCAGCGGCGAGCAGUUCGACGACCUAGUAGGAUUAAUAGAGCACUUCAGGUUGUACCCCAUGAUUGAGACCUCUGGAGACGUGCUGCGACUCCUGCAGCCGGUCAGCGGCACCCGGCUCCGGGCGCAUGAUAUCGACCGCAAGGUGCAGGAAAUGCAGGAGAUUGAAGACUACCAGAAGCUGGACAGCAAAUGCGGGUUUGAUGGAGAGUUCCAGUCGCUGAAGAUGUUGGAGGAUCGGCACGUGUUCACAAACUUUGAGGGCACCAGACCAGAAAACGCGCCCAAGAACCGAUACAGAAAUAUAUUACCAUAUGACCAGACGCGUGUGGUUCUCCGUCGGCGAGACAAUAGGCCGGAGUCAGACUACAUCAACGCGAGCUAUGUCAGAUCCUCGAGGCUCAGCGACUCCUCCUCCUCCGUGCAGUCCUCCAAUGAAAGCCUGGACAGUGUUCAAUCUCUGAUCCUGAACAGUGAAUCGAAGAAGGCGCCACCUUUAGUUUCCAAGUCCCUCUCAGACGAGGCUUUGAGAGAAGUGAAAAAAUGUUUAAAACUGGACAAAAUUAAUGGCAACCUUUGCCGUGACGUAACAGUAAAAGACAAGACGUAUAUAGCUGCCCAAGGCUGUCUCUCCAACACGAAGGACGACUUCUGGCGCAUGAUCUGGCAGGAGGACGUCCGGGUGAUAGCUAUGAUCACUAACGAAGUGGAAAAUGGCAAGAAAAAGUGCGAAAGGUAUUGGCCGUUGUCUGGCCACGAGGAGCGAUUCGAUGGUCUCACAGUGAAGUCUAUCUCGGAGACGCAUUAUGAAGAGUACCUACUUCGGGAGUUUGAUGUCAGCGACGACAAGAGCUGUCGAACUGUCUUCCAAUACCAGUUCACUGCUUGGCCCGACCACGGCACUCCCGGCGACCCUGACGGAGUGCUGUCCUUCAUAGAUGACAUUAACCGGAGAAUGAUCAAAAAUUCCCAAGAAGCUGACGCUCCCGAACAGAACAUCCUGUGCGUGCACUGCUCCGCUGGCGUCGGCAGGACGGGCACGUUCAUAGUCCUGGACAUGCUAAUCGAUAGGAUAAAGACAUCUGGAUUCAAUUGUGAUAUUGAUGUCCAUUCCACGGUGAAGCUGGUGAGGGCACAGCGCAACGGUAUGGUGCAGAACAAGAUGCAGUACAGGUUCAUUUACCUGGCGCUACAGGAGUAUAUUGAUGGAAGGAACAUCAAAAUGAGAAAAAAGAUGCGGGUGAAUGUGAAUAUAUUGUGCGGAGCGACUGACCGCUUGACUUCCUCGACUCAGUUGGUUGAGAUACCGAUUUCAUAAGGUUUACACGUCAGACGCGUGAAUGAAGAAACGACCAAAGUUGAAUGAUAUUUUAGUUUUAGUGAUCAUAGCUAUUUAUAAUUUAAUUGUUAGUUGUAGGUACUAAUGUCCAUGGAACCAUGUAUCCAGUCAGUCAUUAUAAUUUCAUAUUUAAGACUUUCUUUCAAUAAAUGUCUGUGUAUGAA